AGUAGAAAGUCUUUGUUAACGUUUUCCAGACUUCCACAAUUUUGAAUUCAAUUUGCUGGUCUUUUGAUAGGUUUUGUGUGGAUCAUAUCUGAAGCCCUUACAUCAUAGUGGAUAUCCUUUUAGCAAAUAAUACAGAGUAGAAAGUCUUUGUUAACGUUUUCCAGACUUCCACAAUUUUGAAUUCAAAACACAGUAAAAAUUCAACAUUUGACAUUAUGGUGGGUGUCGGUACCAACUUUACAUUUUUCACAUCACUACAGUUUGAUUCAAAACACGGGAUUGAGUCCUGGGAAAAUGUCCAGCUUUGAAGUUGGAAUCAACGUGCCGUGCCCAAGAAUUACGUUCAUCUCUGUCCUACCUUGCUAGGCUUGCCUACUUAAUCUAGCAAUUGGAAUCAACGCUAGCUCAGUGCCCAAGAAUUGUUUUCUCAAGUUAUUGAACUGCAGAAGCUAGGGGCCUGUAAAAUUCAGAGAUGGUAAGGCGCAGUAUAUUAGUUAAAACCUGCUUCAUGUACUUAGCGUUUGCUAUGGUUUUCUUAGAGAAAAAAUGUCAAUCCGUUGAAAUAGUCAGGGGAGACACCCUUCCAUUGGGCGCUUCUCUUGCUGGCAAGGAGACCCUAAUUUCAAAGAAUGGCGCUUUCGCAUUGGGAUUUUUCAGUCCCAACGGAACAAACAACUGGUACAUCGGAAUCUGGUUUUCCCAGAUCCCCGAGAAGACGGUGGUGUGGGUGGCUAACAGGGAAACUCCUGUCCUAAGUACGCCCAGCGUCCUUAACUUUUCAAGAGACGGUCGUCUCAGACUGUUUGAUUCAAAUGGGCGAUCGAUUUGGUCAUCCAAUAACAGCUUGAGAGCGUCCCGCGCAGUGAUGAUGGAGAAUGGUAAUUUUAUCAUGUUGGGUGCUCAAAAUGGCUCGGAGAUCGUCUGGGAGAGUUUCAGAUAUCCAGGAGACACAUUGUUGCCCGGGAUGAAGAUGUGGAAAGGCAUGAAAUUGACUUCUUGGAAGAAUUCUGUAGAUCCUGCCCUUGGGCCAUUCUCUUUUGGAAUGGAUACAUCUCCCGGGAGGACGCAGUUUCUGUUGCUCUCCAGCAGCGAUCUGUACUGGUCUACAGGAGAGUGGAUUAACGGGCAGUUCAAGAAUAUGCCCUACCACUCUUUCCAGCAGAAAUUUACUGGACUGGACUGCAAAACGCUUUCCCCUACACAAAUAUACUGUUUGUUGAUUCCCUCGGGUGAGAUAAUGAGUAGGGUAGUCAUGGCAGAGAACGGCGUAAUAGGAAGAUACUUUCUGGAGGACAAUGGUGGCUGGACUCUGAUUGGCUUCACACCCAGAGAUCAAUGCAACGUGUAUAAUGUCUGUGGAGCCUACGCAGCAUGCAACGCGUAUGCAAGGUCCAAUGGGUACAGCACAAGCAAUUCGCAUGAUGCGUGUAGAUGUCUGGAUGGGUUCAGGCCCAGGGACAUUCGUGCCUGGGAUUCUCAACAAUGGUGGUCAAGCGGUUGUGUCCGGCGGAGACGAUUGCAAUGCUCUGCCUCAAAUGGUACAACUGAUGGUUUCCGGGAAGUGAAGAGCACUUAUUUGGCCGAUAAUCAAGCGGUUUCCUUCACGACAACACAAACUCUGCAAGGAUGCCGGCUUGAGUGUCUCGGAAAUUGCUCCUGCAUGGCUUUUCUUGUGACUAAUUCUACCAUACCCAUUUGCCGGAUGUGGUUUGGAGAUCUGUUAAAUGUGCGAGAGACAUCUGACGGCCAAACAGUUUUCAUUCGUGUGGCAGCUUCUGAGUUAGAAGACAGGUCCGAAUCCAAGUGGGGAAGAAGUCAUAAAUCCAUCAUGCUUCGUGUUUUUCUUCCUGUUACCGCUGGAGCUCUUGCCCUUGCUUUCGCUCUCCUGCUCGCAUGGAUUAUUCUCCGGAAGCGUCAGAAGAAGGCACCAGAGGAGGAGGAAAAUGGCGUUCCAACGUCCCUCAAGAUGUUCACUUUCACAGAGUUGCGGUUUGCAACUAAGAAUUUCAAGCAUAAGUUGGGGAGAGGAGCUUUUGGCUCUGUUUUCAAAGGAACUCUGCCAGACAACACCCAUGUCGCUGUAAAAAAGCUAGAGCGUUCAGCACAAGCAGAAAAGCAAUUCCGUGCUGAAAUAUGCACCAUUGGCAACAUUCAGCAUGUGAAUCUGGUCAUGCUCAGGGGAUUCUGUGCAGAGGGCUCUCGAAGGCUGCUGGUUUAUGAGUAUAUGCCCAAUGGGUCUCUAAACUCUUUGCUAUUUCGCAACAACGAAGGAGGAGGAAAGGUUUUGGACUGGAAGACCCGAUUCGGGAUUGCAUUGGGCACUGCUCGAGGAUUAGUUUAUCUACACCAGGAAUGCAGAGACCGUAUCAUUCACUGCGACAUUAAGCCCGAAAACAUUCUCCUGGAUGGCGAUUUGUGCCCCAAGAUCGCUGAUUUUGGGCUGGCAAAGCUCGUGGUCAGAGAUUUCAGCCGCGUUCUGACCACCACAAGAGGAACGCGUGGGUAUUUGGCUCCAGAAUGGAUCUCUGGCCUACCCAUCACUCCCAAGGCGGAUGUCUAUAGUUUUGGCAUGACACUGCUGGAGAUUAUAUCAGGACGAAGGAAUGUCGACUUGACUGUGCAGAAAUCAAGUACAUAUUACUUCCCUCCCUGGGCUGCAACUCAAGUCCACAAGGGAAAUUUGAUGGCUGUUGUUGAUGAGAGGAUAUCACAAGAGACAGAUGGAGAACAGGUGAGAAGAGCUGUUAUGACAAGUAUGUUAUGCAUUCAAGAGGAUGAGAAUGCCAGGCCAAGCAUGGCUCAAGUUGUGCAGUUGCUGGAAGGGAUAACCGAGGCUAAUGCACAACAAAUUCAAGGGUCCGUGGAAAUGCUGCGGGACCAUGAGAGAGAAGAGGAAGAUAGCGAUACUUCUGUUUGACCUUUUACUUGGUUUAUUUGUCAAGCAUAGCUUUUAGGUAGCUAGUAUUUUAUAAGUUGUGUAUUAAAAUAAUUUUAUGUAAUGAUUCUAGGGGAAUAAUUUUGUUUGAUCUUUUA